CCUUCUCGGUUGGAAUUGUCCCCUCAGGGCUCUCCGGCGGCGCGCCGCGCCUUCGUCCCGCAGCUGCGCAGCGGCAAAUUCAACGUCCUGCUGACCACCUACGAGUACAUCAUCAAGGACAAGCACAUCCUGGCCAAGAUCCGUUGGAAGUACAUGAUCGUUGACGAAGGCCACCGCAUGAAGAACCACCACUGCAAGCUCACCCAGGUCCUCAACACCCACUACGUGGCCCCGCGGCGUCUUCUCCUCACCGGGACCCCCCUCCAGAACAAACUCCCCGAGCUCUGGGCCCUCCUCAACUUCCUCCUGCCCACCAUCUUCAAGAGCUGCAGCACCUUCGAGCAGUGGUUCAACGCGCCCUUCGCCAUGACCGGCGAGAAGGUGGACCUGAACGAGGAGGAGACCAUCCUCAUCAUCCGCCGUCUCCACAAGGUGCUCCGGCCCUUCCUGCUGCGACGCCUCAAGAAGGAGGUGGAGGCUCAGCUCCCAGAGAAGGUGGAGUACGUCAUCAAGUGCGACAUGUCGGCGCUGCAGCGCGUCCUGUACCGGCACAUGCAGGCCAAGGGCGUCCUCCUCACCGACGGCUCCGAGAAGGACAAGAAGGGCAAAGGAGGCACCAAGACCUUGAUGAACACCAUCAUGCAGCUGCGCAAGAUCUGCAACCACCCCUACAUGUUCCAGCACAUCGAGGUGGGGCCGGGGACCUGAACCCCAAAAAAGGCAAAAACCACAAAGGGUUAAAGCCAGGAGAGCCAGGGAUGGACCUAAACCAGGAUUAACCCAACAGGGUUAAACCCAUCAGGGUUAAACCCAACAGGGUUAAACCCAGGAGAGCCAGGGAUGGACCUAAACCAGGAUUAACCCAUCAGGGUUAAACCCAUCAGGGUUAAAUCAACAGGGUUAAAUCCAGGAGAGCCAGGGAUGGACCUAAACCAGGAUAAACCCCAAAGGGUUAAACCCAGCAUAGCCAGGGAUGGACCUAAACCAGGAUAAACCCAACAGGGUUAAACCCAUCAGGGUUAAACUCAACAGGGUUAAACCCAGGAGAGCCAGGGAUGGACCUAAACCAGGAUUAACCCAACAGGGUUAAACCCAACAGGGUUAAACCCAACAGGGUUAAACCCAGGAGAGCCAGGGAUGGACCUAAACCAGAAUUAACCCCAAAGGGUUAAAGCCAGCAGAGCCAGGGAUGGACCUAAACCAGAAUUAACCCCAAAGUGUUAAACCCAACAGGGUUAAGCUCAACAGGGUUAAGCCCAACAGGAUUAAACCCAACUGGGUUAAACCCAUGAGAGCCAGGGAUGGACCAAAAAAAGGGAUAAACCCAACAGGGUUAAACCCAACAGGGUUAAACCAAAACUAGGGAUAAACCAAAUAGGGUUAAACCCAUGAGAGCCAGGGAUGGACCAAAACCAGGAUAAACCCAACAGGGUUAAACUUUAAACUCAAAAGGGUUAAGCCCAGGAGAGCCAGGGCUGAAUAAAAAAGGGAUAAACCCAACAGGGUUAAACCCAACAGGGUUAAACCCAACAGGGAUAAACCCAACAGGGUUA